UGGCAUUUAGGUGCAUGCUUUCUGCAUGUAAGAAAUUCAAAUAGUUCUGGUAACUGGAAAAAAUCAGCUCACUAUAAAUAGGAAUAUGCCACCCUAAAUUUAAUGUUUGUGAAAAACCGGUAGAGUCAAUUGAUACUUUAAAUGUCCGAUAAAAUAAGUCUAAAAUUAAGGCACUGUUUUCACUUUGGAGCAUGCCUGAAUCAGUAGAACUUGAGUGUAAACGACAGUGAAGAAACUUUAAAAAUUAAAUUAAGGUUACUGACGUAAUAUCAGUGAAUCCAUUUAAGAGCAAUUAGCAGCUGGACUGCUUCCACAGUGGCACUUGGAAGGCAGAGAAAUACAUCAUUUGGGGCCAGUGCUAUGAGAAGCAAGUUGCAUGCUGGCUAUGAAGGAGUUUUCAACCCUGGGAGAUAAACCAUAUUUUCAAGUAUAGUAACAGUUAAUUUGUGAUGUUAUAAUGCCAAGGUGAAGACUUUGCAUGGCAGUUUUACACUGUAUGGUGAAGGCUUUGGAAUUCCAAAACCUGCAUCGAAGAGUCAGGCUGCAGAUGUUGGAAUGGCUGCUCAGAGACACUGCACAAAUUGCCACUUCAUUCACUACAUGAUUAAGAAUGACUGCCUUUUGUGUGAUGAAACUUCUGUGUCAAGCAACCAGAAACGAGCAGAGAUACACAAAAAGAUUCUGUGGUACUCUUCUUACACAAACACAACUGAAGAGGGUCUUCUCUCCAUUCUGGAUGGUCGUGUCUGACCCUACAAAGUCAACAGUAUUUGGACUUACACAACCAUUUUGUACAGCUAAAAAAUCUCCCAAGGAGCCGAAAACGGCAUUUGGAAGCGUUGGGCGAAGAAUUCCUUAUCGGAUAUUGCACGUCAUCAACCAGGAUGGAGAGAGCUUAGGAAAUAUGCACCGAGCUGAGGCACUCAAACUUAUGGAUCAACAUGACCUGAAACUAGUUCUUCUGCGUGAGAAUGAAGAACCUCCUGUAUAUAGACUAAUGACUGGGCAGCAGAUUCAUGAAGAACAGCUGAAACGUGCAGAGAAGAAAAAAUCAAGUUCAAAAUCAGAGAUGGUUCGGAAGGAGUUGUCCUUUUCUUCAGCUAUUGCCAAGAACGACUUAGACACCAAGACUAAACAGAUAGCCCAGUGGAUUGAAAAGAAAUACCAAGUUAAAAUUACCAUCCGGCAAGCAAAAGACAGCAAUACAGACAUGUUCAUGCUUUUUGAUCAGAUUUUGGAGACUGUGUCUGAGAAAGCUACUUACCUUUCCAAGCCAAAAAUUACUAGAGAAGGAGUGAGCACCUGUAUUUUGAGACACAUGUCUGACAAAGAGCUGAAAGCAUACCAGAAGAUGGAAAACCAGAAAAACAGUACAGAAAAGAAAGAUGAAAAUGAAGAUCUGAAAUCAAAUGAGUUGCAUCAGUGACUUUAUAAAAAAGUAUAAACAAUCUCUUACUUAAAAACAAACACAACCCUAUAAAUAUAAUAAAAGUAUUGUUGAACUUUA